AUGUAUGAACUACCAUGGAUACUGAAAUGGGAAUAUGUUAUUUUGGAAGAUGUUGAUGAGGAAUGGACUUAUAUCCCUAAUUUAGUUCGAAAUCACUUGGCCCCCACCAAGAUCACCCCGACGCUCAUCCCAUCUUUUGACCAUGUUGCUGCUCAACCUUUGGCCACUUCUUCUACUAGUUUAAGUGUCUCUCAAACGUUACAACUGUUGAUAGACCAGCCAGACUCAACUUCAUCAAAAGAAGACUUGAAAAAGAAAGAUCUCGAGAUCCUUGAUCUAGAUGACGAAUCCAUGGCAUCAGCAUCUGCCGCUCAGCCAGAAGAUGAGGUGCACCCGUUUGCUAACGAAGAUAUGCUAGACAAUUGUCAUCCAAAUCUUUAUGGUGGGCCUCAUUCAGCAAGAAUCAUCAAAGUGAAGAUGCCGCUCUACUGUAGGCUGCUUUGUGACUUCAUGUCUCUGAUUGACACGUCGACAACCCCGAGGCUUUAA